AUCGUACGAACACGAAGCUACAGUAGUGUGCGCAGUACUCGCCACUGCGUCUGUGCAAUGUAUUGAUGUAAACAUUCCCUUGUCAUUUUAUUUCAGUGCGUGCAGGAGCUCGUAUGGGAAUCUUAUAAGACGCACCUGAUAAAAAACAUGUGAACAGCUGAUUCUGUCUAAAUUUAAGUAUAAGUGAAAACACUGUGGGUAGCCUCAUUACAUGGAUUUGGGCGCUAAAUUAACAGUGCAGAAGAAAUUCUUUGUUUAGAAGUGUAAUCGAAGCCAGAAAAGGUCAGUUUUUCAUUGAAACUUAUAAUAUUUAAAUGUAGAAAAGUAUUUUGGAUGUUAAUGUAAAAAUAGUGAAAGCAAAAUAUCGUGGUAAAUUUAGUGAGUGAAGAGGAGAGUUUCAACAUAAUUGAACCUGAAUUUUUAUUUGGAGGGCUGCCUGGUGUCUUUUUGAUACAAUGCCGUCGCUCCUAGAGGCGCUGGAGCGUAAAUAUGGGGCGAAAGGCGAAGUUAACCCUUCAAUAGACGACAUGCCCGUGGCAAUCUUCGUCCCUAAGCGGUCCCCUCGGCUGAGCGUGCCGACGCUGCUGGUGCUCAACGACUGUGACAUCGACUGCGCAGGAGACGCGUGCGCGCUCGCCGACAAGUGCGCAGACGUCGUCGAGCUGGACAUUGCCAACAAUAAGUUCACAGAUUGGAAGGAGGUAUUCGCAAUAUUGGAUCAGACUCCUCGGGUGAGGUUUUUGAACUUGAGUUUCAACCGGCUGUCGGCGCAGAUUCAAGCUGCUCAGGCGUUAAAGCCGCGUUUGGACAGCCUUAGCAAUCUGGUGCUUAACUCCACUUACGUCGGUUGGCCGAGCAUCCACGCGCUACUCAAGGCUCUACCAGCUCUUGAAGAACUGCACUUGAGUCUCAAUGAGUACUCGUACGUGGACUUGUCUGGCCAAGAGGUGAACGAGAAGGACCAGUGCGAGGCGUGUUCCCGUCUCAGCAACGACAAUAUUGAACCUGUCCACGAGCAGCUGAAGAAACUCCACUUCUCCGGAAAUCCGGUAUGCAGCUGGCGAGAGAUCUCCAAGCUAGGAUAUGCCUUCCCGAACCUUGAAACGUUGCUGGUGAACGAUUGCCCCGUCAUGACGCUAGAGCCGGAUCCUUGCGAAAAAUGUGGGGACAGUAACGGAAAUAAGAAGAGCCACGAUGCCUUUCCUCGCCUCCGGUUUCUCAACCUGAACAACACUGGUCUCGGUACCUGGGACGAGGUGGACCGGCUGGCCCUGUUCCCCUCCCUCAAGAGCUUACGAGUACAGGGUUGGCCUUUAUGGGAGCGUGUGGAAUCAACCGAGCACGAGAGACGACUGCUCCUCGUUGCGAGACUACCGCAUAUAAAGACGUUGAAUGGGGGCGGCGCGGUGCCCCCCGAGGAACGGGACGCGGCCGAGAGGGCCUUCAUCAGAUACUACAUGGAGAAACCUGAGGCUGAUCGCCCUGACAGGUACUGGGAGUUGGUGGGAGUCCAUGGCAAGCUGGACCCCCUCGUGUCGGUGGACCUGAGGCCCGAGAAGCGAGUCCAAAUCACCUUCACUUGCGGGGACACCAGCGAAGUGCGCACUAUUGAUGUUUACAGAACUGUGUCAGACUUAAAGCAGCGGUUGGAACGACUGGCAGGCUUCCCUGCAUCCAAGAUGAGAUUGUUUUACGUCGAUCAGGAGCUGAGGGACUCCCAGGUAAAACUCAUUGGUCCCGAAGAGAUGAGGUACCCCACAAAACAACUCUACUCGUAUAACAUCCGCUCGGGAGAUGAAAUUAUAAUCGACUCGAAACUAAAGCACUCAGUUUCUAACAACUCGACAGCGUGAGACGUUGGCGAGUAGGUAGGGGCGGCAGGUUAGGUGCAAUUCUAAUGUUGAAACCCAAAAAUAGGGGUGAGCCUUACGUGAUACAUAUAUUUUUGUGACAAUGUGUUUAUGUCGUACUAAAUUUACGCCCCAGCAUUGCUUGAUUUUACAUCACCUAGAAGAUGCAUCUAACGUCACAGUAGAAGGUAGGUCUUGGCCUAUCCUCAAUUGCCAUUGCAAAUUUUAUGCUAGUGAACAACAAUUAUACGUAUUCGUAUGUUUAUUUUAAAUGUUGUCGUACUAACAAAUGAUUUAAUAGGGGUGAAUUUAGUUGUAUUUUUGUAAGGAUCGAUAUUUUCUGUUUUAUUAAUAUGAUAUCCGUUUUUUCUUCCUUUGUGAGAGUAUUAAGGUUUAAUUUCGUAAAUGGUUGUCACAAAGCAUUUAGUUGUAAGAGUAGUCACACAAUAAUGAAUUGAAAUUAUUUGUCUGGCAAGAUCAUGUUUUUUUUUUAUUACAUUACGUUGAUAGCUUUAAAACUAAUGCAUGCUACUUACAGGACCUGAGUCAGCUUCAUAUUAUAUUUUAUUUGCGAAAAGCAUCUGUGAUAAUAAAUUAUAGUUUAUAAACGAUAUGGGAUCUACAUUAUGUAUCAUGUGCGGUAUAAUUUUUACAACUACCUGUCUACUUGUUUAGCAAGAAUAUAAUUGUAAACAACAUCUAAGUAUAUUUUUUUACCAACAAUUAGAUGUUGUAAAGUGCUUAUCUAAACAUAAAGUGAUACUAACUGCCAUUUUGGAAAUCUUAAAUAUACUAUGUACUUGUGUAUCUGAUAAUUAUAUGUAAUAAAUAAUAUACAGAAUGCUGAACGAAACUUACAUGAAAUAGGUCAUUUUUGCUUUGUGGGUUUGCUGCAGCAAAUUGAAACACAUGUUACUGUGAUCCUAAUGCUGCCAAAUAGUACAUAAAAUAGGCACUUUAAUAUCUAAUUAUCUAAAUUCGUAGAAAGUGAUACAAUGCAAUAAGAAUCAGAAAUAUCAAUGUGAAAUUAUUUUUCUUCCUAGAAACUAGAAACAUACAAAAAUAAAUGACUUAUGUGUAUCAAAAA